AUGUUACACACGCCAACUGGUUUCGCCCUGCCAUGGGCUCAUCAUGGAAGCAGCACUAGCCCCCGACCAGUUGUAUCUCUAGAAUGCUACGACCCCCUUCAUUGUCACACACUUCAGCGAGUCGGCCAGACAACAACGACUAGCAUAACAACGUCUCUUGGGCUAGGACUUCCCCUUUUGAACCCAAUGGCAAGCUAUUCCAGUGGCAUGGUCUUUGUCUUUUUGCACCAAUCACUGCGGCAUUCCGAUUCUACGCCUCCUCCUAAAUUCUGCUAUAUAUAUCGACAACAGGUGGAGACUAUGGAUUCAAGCGUAUCUGGAAAGAAAUCUAGUGAGAAGGAAAUACCAACUUUCAAUAUUGAGAAUAUGCAAAGCAACAUGAAGGUGAUAUACUACAGUCGAACAUUCAUGUCCAUCAUUGGUGGAGUGAUUGCUGGAAUUUUGGGAGUAAAUGGGCUCAUGGGAUUUGUUAUUUAUUGUCUUGUCAUGGCUAUUACAUCUGUUUGUUUAACAGCCAAGGCAGGUUUUUCAAUCCAUUCAUAUUUCGAUACCUGGAAUAGGGUUCUGCUUGAUGGCUUCCUAGGGGGCCUUUUGUCAUUCGUGCUGUUCUGGACAUUUGCUUAUGAUAUCGUGCAUAUCUUUUAAACAAUCCCACUUGAAAUACAAGAAGCAAGCUUGUUUUCUGGAGUUUACAUAAAGAAGAGGUGUUGGAGCUCAGAUUGAAGGGUUUUUAUUUUAUAGCUUGUAAUUGUUAAAACUUUUAUUUCAUAGUUUUUCAAACUUUAUAUAUGGUUCUAGGACCUAAGAUUUAAUUUGGAAGAGUUCAUGUGACUUGGGCGGUUAUUCUGUUACUUUGUGCAACCUUGUGUUAUAUCAUCUCUUUGAUCCAAAAUUUAA